UCUCGCCGCCGUCCCCGAGCCCCGCCGCCUCCCUCCGUAAAUCGCCCCCGCCCCCCCGCCUCCAGCAUCCCGAAGCCCCGGAGCCUCCCGUCCCCCCCGCCUGAGGGGCCGUGCCGGAGCUAGGGUUUUCGGUUUCUAGGGUUUUGGUCAUGGGCUCCUCGGCUUGAGGAAGAAGGGGCGGCGGCGGCGGCGGCAGGUAGAGGGGGGCGCGGAGAUGCUGACGGAGAAGCCCAGCUGGGUUCGCCAUGACGGCCUGCAGAUCUUCUCCAUCGACAUCCAGCCCAGCGGCCUCCGCUUCGCCACGGGAGGCGGCGACCAGAAGGUGCGCAUAUGGAACAUGAAAUCCGUGAGCAAAGACAAUCAAAAUGAUGAUUCCAACCAAAGAUUGUUGGCCACAAUGCGUGACCAUUUCGGAUCAGUAAACUGUGUGAGAUGGGCCAAGCAUGGACGCUAUCUUGCUUCAGGAUCGGAUGAUCAAGCUAUCCUAAUUCAUGAAAGGAAAGCUGGUUCCGGUACAUCUGAGUUUGGAAGUGGAGAACCUGCAGAUAUAGAAAAUUGGAAGGUCGUUAUGACCUUAAGGGGGCAUACUGCGGACGUGGUAGAUCUAAAUUGGUCCCCUGAUGACUCGACGUUGGCUAGCGGCAGCUUGGACAAUACUGUUCACAUUUGGAGCAUGACAAACGGUAUUUGCACUGCCGUCUUGCGGGGGCAUUCCAGUUUAGUUAAAGGAGUUACUUGGGAUCCUAUUGGAUCUUUUAUUGCAAGCCAGUCAGAUGACAAGACUGUUAUCAUAUGGCGUACGAGUGACUGGAGUCUUGCUCACAAGACUGAAGGCCAUUGGUCAAAAUCUCUUGGUUCGACAUUUUUUAGGCGGCUUGCUUGGUCGCCCUGUGGCCACUUCAUAACCACAACUCAUGGUUUCCAGAAACCUAGGCACUCGGCCCCUGUGCUUGAACGGGGCGAGUGGACUGCAACUUUUGACUUUCUGGGACAUAAUGCGCCUGUGGUGGUGGUGAAGUUUAAUCACUCGAUGUUCCGUAAGAAUUUAGCUACUGGUCAAGAUGCAAAGACGGCACCAGCUGGAUGGGCCAAUGGAGCAUCAAAAACAUCAGCAAAAGAAUAUCAACCAUAUAAUGUUAUUGCUAUUGGAAGUCAAGACCGGACUAUUACUGUUUGGACAACAGCAGGUGCCCGGCCAUUGUUUGUUGCUAAGCAUUUCUUUACUCAAAGCGUGGUCGAUUUAUCUUGGAGCCCUGAUGGUUAUUCACUUUUCGCAUGCUCUCUGGAUGGAUCAGUUGCGACCUUUCACUUUGAAGCAAAGGAGCUCGGAUACAGGCUAAGUGAUUCGGAACUGGAUGAAUUAAAGAGGAGUAGAUAUGGUGAUGUCAGAGGGAGGCAAUCAAAUCUAGCUGAAAGCCCUGCGCAGUUGCUUCUAGAAGAAGCAUCAGUGAAGCAAUUGGCUGCCAAGAAGGCGACACCUAUCGUCCAACAAUAUCAGGCGCCCCCAAAAGUUCCUGCAGAUGUACCUAAACCACCUCCUGUUGUGGUUGUGGAGAGUCAGAAAGCUCCUGAAACUCUACCUGAAGGCGAAAAGAAAACAGCAGGUCAAGCGGCUGAUGACACCUCUAAAGUUACCCGGGUAUCUAGUCCAGUAAAACAAAGGGAAUACCGGCGUCCUGAUGGUCGGAAAAGAAUAAUUCCAGAGGCAGUGGGAUUUCCUUCUAACCAGGAAAACUUGUCCAACCGUCCUCAGAAUCAAGUUGUUGAUUUUUCAUCCCUAGAUCAGCGAAUGCGCCCUGGUGAUAAUGGAAUAAGAUCAUCCUACGGUACUGGUAACUGUAACAAUUGUGGAGUUAGGGAACGCUCUGGCAUCACAGCAAGGGCUAACAUUAGCGAGAGUCUUGUUAUUCAAAAAGCUGCAGCUGGUACUGGCAGGGAUGGAAGGUUGAGUGUUGAACACACUGGUUCUGUUGUUCCAGGCUUGCUGGCCUCCUCCUCUGAGCUCUCUAUUUUUGUAUUCAAUAAGAAGGACAAUGAUGAUUCUUUGCCAGUCUGCCUUGAAGCCAAGCCAGUAGAACGUUCUGCAGGUGAUAUGAUUGGACUGGGUGGUUCCUUUUCAACAAAAGAAACCGAGAUUAGAUGUACAAAAGGAACAGAAACUCUUUGGUCAGAUCGCAUCUCCGGAAAAGUUACUGUCUUGGCUGGGAACACAAACUUCUGGGCAGUUGGCUGUGAAGAUGGCUGCCUGCAGGUUUACACAAAAUGUGGGAUGCGAGCAAUGCCAGCGAUGAUGAUGGGCUCCUCAGCUGUUUUUAUAGAUUGUGAUGACUGCUGGAAAUUGUUACUUGUAACAAGGAGAGGUUUAAUGUACAUAUGGGAUCUCAAUAACAGGACCUGCAUCUUGCAAGAUUCUUUGGCUUCUUUGGUUACCUCUCCAGAUGAGGCAUCAACAAAAGAUUCUGGUACAGUAAAGGUUAUAUCUGCUAAGUUCUCAAGAUGUGGUUCGCCCUUGGUUGUCCUUGCCACCCGGCAUGCUUUCCUCUACGACAUGAGCAUGAAGUGCUGGCUAAGGAUUGCGGAUGAUUGUUUUCCAGCAUCAAAUUUUUCUAGCUCGUUUAGUUCUACUCAAGGUGGAGAGCUAGGAAAGUUGCAGAUUGAUAUAGGAAAGUUCAUGGCUAGAAAGCCUGUUUGGAGCAGGGUUACAGACGAUGGGGUGCAGACGCGGGCCCAUCUUGAGACCCAGCUAGCAGCUUCAUUGGCUUUGAAGUCUUCACAGGAAUAUCGCCAAUGCCUCCUAUCCUACAUAAGGUUUUUGGCAAGAGAGGCGGAUGAAUCUCGCCUACGUGAAGUCUGUGAGAGCUUUCUCGGCCCUCCCAUGGGCAUGGUUGGUGCUGUGUCUACCGAUGUGAAUAAUCCAUCAUGGGAUCCUGAUGUUCUUGGAAUGAAGAAACAUAAACUUCUCAGGGAAGACAUACUUCCUUCGAUGGCGACAAACCGCAAAGUCCAGCGGCUGCUCAACGAGUUCAUGGACCUGCUGUCAGAGUACGAAAGCGCCGCCGAGGAAAACGUCGACAAGAUGGACGUGACGCCUCCGGCAACAGAAGCCAAGGUCGAUAAAAUGGACGUGACACCUCCAGCAGCAGACGCCAAGGUCGAUAAAAUGGACGUGACACCUCCCGCGACAGAAGCCAAGGACACCGCCGCAUAGCAAACAAACCCUUCCGCCCCGGUUUGCUGGCGAUUUAUUGACCCCUUGGUAAGCAUAGAGAAAAGUGCAUACACCAUAGCAUCUAUUUUGAGAACUUUCCCGUGGUUGUUUGAUUCUGCCUGUAGUUCCUAGUGUCCCCCGCCUGUUCGUCAAGGUGUGACCUCGGCGGAAUGACUUUAACCUGUUCGCUGUAUCGCGAGUGUAACAACAGUUAGAAAGAAAGCGAGGUCGCUUGAUGAUUCUGUAACAGUUUUAUCCGUUGAAGGUCUGAGGAGCUUCUUGGUCCA